UCGGGGAUUCGGAUCCGGCAGUAGGGUUGUUGACCCUCUGGGUUUGGGGAUGGAGACGGUGGGAAUAUAGGCUCGGGUGUUGAUCUUCUUCAUGGAAUUGGGCAUGCGAGCUUUGUGUUUGUGGUGGUGGGUGAUGUGUGGUCAACGACGAUUGGGGUUCGGUAUCGGCGCCAAACAGAUUAUGGAGGAGCCUACAAUCCUGCAGCAGUGUCCAAACACGGUGUACUACAUAUUAUCACAUUAUAUUGGUUUAUUUCUUAUUUUCUUUCCAUUCUACUAGUCGGUCACAGUGUAUUAUUAACAUUCGAGGUGUUGCCGACAAGUUUGAUGGAGAGGAUAACAAUAAAGCAAAUGAAGUCGUCCUGAGUAUUGUUGACCUUACUGGUUCUAUAUUACUUAUAUGUAGUCUUCAUUGGCUCUAACUUUUCUUCUCUUUCAUCCUUGGUGACACCACACACACAUUCAGAUUAGAUAUGGAUGACAUGUGUACCUAACUCAUUGUGUGCUUUUAGUUGUAGCCAUAUAUGCUUAAAUGAUUAAUAUACCAAUUGAUACUGAAAAUCUGAAAUAGGGCUAGACAUGGUCUUUCGAGUCCCUAUAAUAUCUGUUACAAUUGCUUAGGACUAUUGUUACUGAUGCAAUGAUCUUUGGACAGUUGACCAAGUACUUGAGAGACUAUUUGGAAGGCAAGAAGGAGAUGUCACUGAUUUUAACAGUAAAAUCAGGAGAAGAAGAUUAUCGUGAUACAUCGCACCUGCUAAGACAGGCCUCACCUUAUAUGGAAAUCAAGUUUAAUAAUGCUGAAGACCCUUCAAAUAUUCCGAACAAAAGGCAAAUCCAGUCUUUGUCUAGAACUGAGCAGCGCAAAAGAAUGAAAUUAACCGGUUCUGAGUCUUGCGUGGUAUGUCUUGUUUUUGAGUUGUUCACUUAUUUAUAUCAUGUAAUUACAUCUCUGUGUCAUAAUUUAACUGGCAGCUUUAGACUUUUUUUGUUCCAUUAUGCUUCUUUAAAUGAUUGACGUAAGGUUAUUUCACUCCCUUUUUUUUUCCCUGCAAGUAAACUCUGGAUCCUUAUUAAAUUAUUUUGACUGCAUUAAUGUAACUCUGAAGGAUACAUAUGGCUCCUGAUGAUGACCUAAAAUGAUUUCUUCAGGGUUGAUAUUUCCUUAUUGACUUGGUUAUUUAACUCCUUGGUAUGUGUAUAUACGUGCACGCAUUUCCCAAGCUUCUGUUGAAAUCUUUACAUGAAUUCCAGGGCAUGAAUAUAUUCUUUUAAGUUAAAGAAAAUUUUAUUUUCAUAUAUUGGUUUACCUUAUUGUUUUCUUCUUUUUACUGCAUAGCCUUAUUUCCUAAUUAUCUUUUGGCAAUGUCUAAUACUUGCUUGUUUUGUUAUAGCGGCACAAAGAAUCUACAAGGUGGAAUUAAGUAGUGGUUCAAAACCGUGUAAUGUUGACACUGCAGAUGGAGAGAGAAACCAUCAGAUUAUGCAGAGUUUUGCUAAAGCUAUAUGGAAUGUUUUGAAGGAUUACAACAAAAAACUAUAGGUAAUCAAGAGUCUCAUACAUUCAAUUCAUGUAGUUAGUUAGGUAAACUGAUUCCUAUCAUCCAGUUCCUAAUUUUGAUGCCCAUUUGUUGAUCAAGCUGAGGCAGUAUUCAUUCUUUACUUUGGUUCCUUUCCUAACUAGCUCAACUUCCAUCAAUUAUAUGUUCAAAAGAAAACCUACUCAUCUAUCUGGUCAUAAGUAGGUGGCGGAUGAUGAAAUCAAUGUAGUCGGAAUCACAUUAAUGUAAAGCAUCCAUUUUCUUGAAUCAAUGUAGGUCCUGUCAUGGAGGAUUUGAAAUGCGUUGCUGUACUACCAUUGUACCAUAUAUAUGUUAAUGUUAUUCAUUUUGAACCUCCCUACCUUGGAUUUGCUUUAUUCUGAAUCUUUCAACCUGCUUCACUUCUCCAAUUGUUUCUCUAGCUUGUCUUGAACAAAUCUCAAAAACCUUUGUUCUUAUCUUUUUAAGAGAAAAUUUGCAUUGCUUCUGUGUUAUCAUGUAAAGUUGGAAUAGAUAUCUAGAAGGGAAAUUUGUAAUGUUUUUGUCUGUUUCUCCUUUGGUUAUUGUCACAGUGGUCCAGGCAGAGCUGGUAUAUGCACCACACCAUUGCAUUCCCACUUGGUUAAUGAGGGUUUUGCUAAACUGUAGCAUCUUCCAUAUAACAGGAAAGUGACUAAACUGUAUUCCAGGUUGCAGAUGAACUUGUAGCAGAGUUUUCUGACCCUAUCAAUGGUGUCACAUCCCCUGAUCAAAUUGACGAGGUGCGCAUUGAAGUGGCUGAUUAUAUACAGAGUUUGAUGUAGAAAUGUGACUGCCAAGAUGUUUUUUGAGUAAGGCUAGCUAGUUUUGGCUUUGAAGCAAAGCUUGGUGUGGAGCUUUUGUACAUUGUUGCUCAUAUGUUUCCAAGCUAGCUUUUGUAAGUUUAGGGGUUUAUUUUGUGAAUUAUGUUGAAUCAUGAAAUUUGGAAAGAAAAUUAAUGGGAAAGCCCCUUAUUUUGGAUGAUGAGAAAUGCAAUUUUUUUCCCAGCAAUAGCUAAAUGCAAACUUUUCACAUCAUGCUUGUCAAAAUAAAGUGAAGUAUAUUAAAGUAUAAUAAAACAGUAAUGCCAAGGAAAACGAAGUCAGUUGAGAGAUUAGAAAUCAAUAUCAAAAAUGAAAUCGAUGUGCUAUGAUUAUCAAUAUAUCGAAUUGUAACUCAAAACCGAUGUAAUCAAAACUACUGCACAUCGAUUUCUAAUCACCAAACCGUAAUCUAUUAUGAACAUACAAAUCACCUACCAUGGAGCAAACUGAUGUGUGGUCAAAAGGUGAACAUCAUUUCUGAAUAAAAAAACGAUGUAGAAUAAAGAUACAGACAUCGUUCCUAAGAAAAUAAUGUGGCAACCUACAUGUAAAAAUGGCCACGAACAAACAAUACUCAUGGGAACUGAUGUCUACAAGUGUACUGGACAUCGCUUCUGGAAUAGAAAUCGAUGCAAAUGUUCACGUAGGUAUUGUUCGACAUAUACUUUAUUAAGCAUAAAAUGUGAAAAUAUGAAGAAUUAGACAUACCUAACAUACAAAAAUAUGAUGAUUAUAACGAUUAUACAUCGAUUUGUUUUUUAGAAUCGAUGUUGGUUGUUGUCUGGGACAUCGGUUGAAAACGCGCUUAUACUGAUGUCUAUACUUUUCUCUACACCCACUAAGACAUCGGUCGAAAAUUAGUUUAACAUCGGUCCAGAACCGAUGUCU